ACUUUCACCAUUUCAUUCUUCUGCACGAUGGCAAGCACUAACACGAACAAUAUUUCUUUUCUUAUUUCGAACGAAGGUAACCGUCUGUUGGUGUUCCAUGGCUUCAUUUACAAAAUGAACAAAAAAACAUCCUCCAAAGUAUAUUGGAUAUGUAAAACUAAGAGCUGUAAAGCACAUGAACAUACUGAUCUUAACAACAAUUUCUUGGUUUCAAGUCGUGAACAUAAUCAUUUAUUAGAUUCAGAAGAUCUUGAAAUCAAACAAUUUCGACAAGGUCUCAAGGAACGUGUUAUCAACGACACAUCUCCAAUAUCAAAAAUAUAUGAUGAAGAAAUUAGGAAAACUAAUUUAUCAUCAGAUGUUCUUGCAAGUCCUCCACUUGCUCAUGAAAUACAACCGGGGUUGUGUUACGCCCGAUGUAAAUUAACACCUACUCUGACUACUUCUUUUGCGUUUGAUAUUCCAGAUUGUUAUCAAAGUACAUCAACAGGUGAAAAACUCUUAUUCUCCGAUUCACUGGUUCGUCGUAGAGAAAGAAUGUUACUUUUUGGCAGCACUAAACAACUUCAAGUAUUAUUUGACAGUUCAACUGUUUUGUUGGACGGGACAUUUUCUGCGACACCACCAUUUUUUAGUCAAGUAUUUACAUUACAUGGUUUGAAGUUCGGAUACAAUAAUACAAUUUACAUGUUCUUUAUAAUAAAGAUUCGAUUUCUUAUUCCUCUUGCUAUGGACCGACUAUUUAAACCCGAAAUAAUUAUUAGUGAUUUUGAAACUGGUUUAAUUCCAGCAGUAGCUGCUGACUUUCCUGAAACGAAGCAUCGAGGGUGCUUCUUUCAUUAUAAUCAAAGCAUCUAUCGUCGAAUUCAAACAUCGGGUUUAGGUUCAGCUUAUUCACAAGAUGAAGAAAUUCGAAGUGGUUGCCAUAAAUUAAUGGCCCUGGCACUGUUACCACCUUAG